AUGGGCGGUGCCAAGGCAGUGACACCUGCGGACAGGGGAGGUGACAGGAGGUGCCAGGGCGGUGCCAGGGUGGUGACACGAGGGGACGGGAGGCUGCUGCCCAGGAACGGCUGCUCGUGCGAGGCGGAGGCGGAGGCGGGGCUGGCGCUGCCGCUGCACCGGCGGCUCUUCGGGCCCGGCCCGGCGGGGCUGGACUUCGCCAGCGCCUUCGCCCCCGGGGAGCGGCCGCGGCAGCUGCGGCUGCGGGAGCGCGAGUACCGCAAUUACCGGAACCGGGUGCAGACCCCCGCCGACCGCCUGCUGAUCGUCCCGGCCAACUCCCCGCUGGAGUACCCGGCGCAGGGGGUGGAGGUGCGGCCGCUGCAGACGGUGCUGGUGCCCGGGCUCAGCCUGCAGGCGCCGGCCAGGAGCAGGUACCAGGUGAACCUGACGGCCUCGCUGGGGACGCUGGCGGUGGCGGCCGAGGUGGAGGGCGUGGCGCUGCGGGGGGAGGGGCAGCCGCACCUGUCCUUGGCCGCCGCCCACCUGGACCACCUGAACCGGCAGCUGCAGUUCGUCACCUACACCAACACCCAGUUCCACCCCGACACCGCCGACAUCGUGCAGUUCUCCACCGACGGCCACUCCGCCGCCUUCGCCAUCCGCAUCCGCCACCCGCCCACGCCGCGCCUCUACGGCCCGGGCAGGACCGGCGACAGCGACAGCGACAGCGACAGCGCCAGCAGCGGGGACGGGGGGUACAACAUCUCGGCGCUGGUGACCGUGGCCACCAAGACGUUCCUGCGCUAUGACAAACUGCGGGGGCUCAUCGCCAGCAUCCGCCGCUUCUACCCCUCCGUCACCAUCGUGGUGGCCGACGACAGCCAGCGGCCCGAGCCCCUGGCAGGGCCACACCUGGAGCACUACCUCAUGCCCUUCGGCAAGGGCUGGUUCGCCGGGAGGAACCUGGCGGUGUCGCAGGUGACCACCAAGUACGUGCUGUGGGUGGACGAUGACUUCAUCUUCACGCCCCGCACGCGGCUGGAGAAGCUGGUGGAUGUGCUGGAGAGAACCAGCCUGGACCUGGUGGGCGGCGCGGUGCGGGAGAUCACCGGUUACACCACCACGUACCGGCAGCGGCUGAGCGUGCGCGGGGGCGGCGCCGGGGGCGACUGCCUGCGGACCCGGCCCGGCUUCCACCACCGCCUCGCCGGCUUCCCCGCCUGCGUCGUCACCGACGGCGUCGUCAACUUCUUCCUGGCCCGCACCGACAAGGUGCGCCAGGUGGGCUUCGACCCCCGCCUGCGCCGCGUGGCGCACCUCGAGUUCUUCAUCGACGGGCUGGGCGUGCUGCACGUGGGCUCGUGCGAGGACGUGGUCGUGGACCACGCGUCCAAGCUGGCGCUGCCGUGGCGGCGCUCGGAGGGCGAGCGCCAGUACAACCGGUACCGGUACCCGGCGGCCCGCGACGACAGCGUGCGCCUCAAGCAGCGCCUCUUCUUCUUCAAGAACCGCUUCAAGUGCAUGGCCGGCGACUAGGCGACACCGGGAGUGGCCACCGGGCGUGGCCACCAGCCCCCGGCAGCGCUGGGGAGCCGCGGGGCUGCGCUGAUGGCACCCCCGGGGGGCUGGCGCGGAGGUGGCACCGGGACACGCCGUGGGCAGCGCUCGCACGGGCCGCCUCAAGGGUCACUGCUGCCAGCCACCCCUGCGGUGUCCCCAGAGCCACCGGCCGUAUCUGGGCCACCCCCGGGGUCACCAACCCUCCUGCGGGUCACCCCCAGGGCCGCCGUUCCUGGGGCACCCCUGGCGUGGCUGUCCCUGGUGGGUCACCCCAUGGGCCACCAUUCCAGGGCUACCAACCCCGGGACACCCCUGGCGUGGCUGUCCCUGGUGGGUCACCCCACGGGCCACCACCGCCGGCUGUCCCCGGGGCCACGGCCACUGGCGUGACACAGUGCCACCCCCCAGGUGGCCACUCCAGGGCCACUGCCACUAUGGUCCCCCUCCCUUGGGCCACCCCGUGUGCCACCACCACUGGACACCUGUGGGACACCCCCAGAACCCCCCCCAGGGCCACCCCAUGGGCCACCACUGAGGGCCACCCCAGGGCCACUGCCAUGGGCCACCACCCAGUGCCACCACCCAGGGCCAGCCGGGCCCGCGGGGUCCCCGGAGCCCCCCGCCCCCCCGCGGUGUUUUUAGCUCUUUUGUACUUUGGGGGGGGGGUGGUGGCGGGGUCCCCCCGGGCACAGGGUCCCCCCCUGAUGUCCCCACUCCGUUUUCUA